AAGUUGCGUGAAAUUCUUAAAUUUGAAUGUCUAAAUUUUUCUCAGGCAUCCUGUGCGAUUCCAAGUAACCAGUGGUUUUCUUAACUAAGAGUUUUGUACCAAUUUAGAGGGCUUGAUAGGAUGGGAACUGAUUGGAAUUUUGUCAAAUCUUUCAAACAGCUUUUGUAGCUGACCUGUUUUUAUCGGACAAGCUUUUACAUGACAAAGUAUUUUGAAGAUUCUGCAUUUCUCGAUUAUUUGAAUAUGGUUGAUCCAGAGUUUAGUCUUUAUAAGCUUUCCCUCAUCAGAUUCGCAAUAAAGUUACAUAUCGGAAACAGGAUAGCGUUUCUUUUCCUGAUAGAAAGUUAUUUUGCAGGAUUUAUAAUUGGAUGUUGACGGUUAAAUUCAGUUAGUCCUUCGCCAUUGAAAGAUUUACGCUUGCCCAAUUUCUACCACUGCUUUUCGUUGACACUGGAAUUAUGUUGCCAUUGUGUGGCCGCUACAAUUUCUGUAAAUUAGCAGAUUCUAAAUUCUGGUAGUUGGUUGCAAAAGAGAAAAGAGAAAAGAGAAAAGGGAAAGAAACGUGAGCUGAAUGCAGAGUGCUGGGAAAGGCGUUCUCCAUGAAACACAGGCAUCAGAGACAAAAUGCAGAGUCAAGAUUUAGAAGGGAAGAAAUGGGGGAAAAGGGAGUGCUCUUUUUCAACAACUCAAUCACAUGAGAUCCUUGAUGUCCUUUGAAUUCCUGACUUAUCUGACUGCUAAUUGGAAAAGAAAAAAGGUAAGGAAAAUAGAGAGGAGAAGGUACCUGUGCUCUCUUUUCCUGUAGCUUUUUCAUCAAUGGAUAAUUUCUGGCUUCUUGUGAAGGAACUUCAAGGAGUGGUCCCCCUUUCUUUCCCUGCAUGAUAAGUUCCUCUUGCUUUUGUGAUUCAACAUACCCAAAUAAGAUGCAGCUCGAAAACCUGUCUUCUUCAACUUCCUUUCGACCGUUAGUAUCUCAUUCCAUGACUUUAGACAUAUCAGAGCUUCAUCUCUUCAUUCUUGUAUAGUUUGCUAGAAGCUAUGUCUUUCGAACCUCCCAAACUCAUCCCUUCGUAUCGCCCUUGCCAUUCUCGUAGAAGAACCAGUGGGAAACUAUCAUGACAUUCUCUUUCACGUUGGUUGCUCCGAUAAAAAAUGGCUUCUUGUUUUCUCGAGGCCUUGAGGAUCGAGAAGAAGGAGAGGACCAAUACAAUCUCAUUACCUUCUCCUCCUCCAUCAUUGCCUUCUUCUUCUUCUUUCCCUUCUUCCUCCUUGCCUAAAAAGGGCACCCUCCCCAUGGAGUUGGAGAUCUUGCAGAAGAGGAGAUGGGACAGUUUGGAAUCUUGGUCGAUGCUUUUGGAUCCUGCGAAUCCUGAGGGGUUCGAUUCGAAUUCAGGGGGAGAGCGAGAGGAGUGGAUGGCUGAUCUCUCUAACCUCUUUAUCGGGAAUAAGUUUGCUUCGGGAGCUCAAAGCAGGAUUUAUAGAGGAAUCUAUAAGCAGAUGGCAGUAGCUGUGAAGAUGGUAAGAAUCCCUGAUCAGGAUGAGCAGACUCGGGAGAAGCUCGAGGAGCAAUUUAUAUCUGAAGUAGUUUUCCUUUCUCGGCUGUAUCAUCCAAAUAUAGUGCAGUUCAUAGCAGCCUGCAAGAAGCCUCCUGUGUACUGUAUCAUUAUGGAAUAAAUGUCUCAAGGAACUCUUCGGAUGCAUCUCCACAAGAAAGAGCCAUAUUCCCUAUCAGCAGAAACUGUUUUGAGGUUAGCACUUGAUAUUUCUCAGGGAAUGCGGUAUCUCCAUUCACAAGGUGUGAUUCACAGAGAUCUUAAGUCUAAUAAUUUACUCCUUAAUGAUGAGAUGAAAGUGAAGGUUGCUGAUUUCGGGACUUCGUGCUUGGAGACUCAGUGUCAGGCAUCAAAAGGUAACAUGGGAACUUACCGUUGGAUGGCUCCGGAGAUGAUCAAGGAAAAACCUUAUACGAAAAAAGUUGACGUCUACAGUUUUGGGAUUGUGUUGUGGGAACUUACAACAGCACUCGUUCCUUUUCAAGGAAUGACCCCUGUGCAGGCUGCUUAUGCUUCUUCAGAGAAGAAUAUGAGGCCUCCUUUAUCGACAACGUGUUCGCCUGUGCUCAACCAUCUCAUAAAAAAAUGUUGGUCGGCAAACCCAGCAAAGAGACCAGCCAGUUAUAUCGUUUCAACAUUGGAGAAGUUUGAUGAAUGUCUCAAUGAAGGUCGCCCUGUUCUUGUACACCAAGAGCUCAGAAUCAGGAGUUCUCUUGGUAUCUUCAAAGGCUGCAUUCCAACAGGUUCGUCAAUUCCCAUGCACACAUGAAUUUUUAUCGUAUCAAAUUCGAUGAUCAUACACGCUAACUCUUGUAUAGCGACAUCAUAUUAUAACAAAAUGUAGUUGCAAAUUUGUUAUGUUUUUUGAGUUUUUUUCAGUCUGUUUGUUCAUUAUGAGUAGUACAAAAGACGAUCUAGGAAUAAUUCAUUAUCUCCUCUUUUGAUGGAAACUAUCUAUGUAUCCAAUUUUUUGACUUAUAUAGCAAUAAUUCAUUACUCUAUAUGUCCUUUCUUCA